AUGUGGUCUGUUGUGGAGGAUAAAGCUCUAAUUGGUUUGUAUCUUCAAUUCAGUGAAGAUGCAAUUGUUGGUACAAACCAAAAAGCAACUGCGCUAUGGCGAAAAAUAUCUGCGGCUUAUGAUCAAGCGCAUUAUGAGAAACCCCACAUCUUACCGCCAAGACCUUUGAGGAGUUUGGAAAGCCGUUGGAGAAGGAUGGCAACUGAUUUAAUACAAUGGAGAAUUUGCUAUGACGAAGCUGGAAGGGCAACUGGCAGUGGUUACAACGAAGCAGACCGCAUUCAUAAUGCGAGUAAGUUAUUCUAUAUUUCCUCCAAGCCUACUCCACAUAAUUUUAAUUGUCACCAUGGUUGGGAAAUGGUUAAAAAUGACCCUAAGUGGAGGACAAAACUGAGAUGGGCGUUGUCAAGAGAGGAAAGAUUAGCUUGCGGUGAUGCUGUCGAAGAUGACAGUAGUGGAAGUGAAAAGCGGUGUAGAACUGAAGAUGAAGAUGAUGUUCCCAAUACCGGUUUCAUUUCUGGGGGUCUUCCUCAACUUGAUGGCGUUAAAAAGGCAAAGUCUAGGCGUAAUAAGGGAAAAGGAGUGGCUUUUGAAGUCUCUAACAUUAAUGAGCAAAUGUAG